AUGCCUUACCAUAAGCAAGAAGCUCAUCGCGCCCUGGAGUUGUUGGAAGACUAUCACGCCAAACUGACGCGACCACAAGAUCGCCAACUUCGCCAGGCAAUCGAGCGAGUCAUCAGAAUCUUCAAAUCCAAGCUGUUCCAGGCAUUGCUAGACAUACAGGAGUACUACGAAACUACUCUACUAGACGAAGGGAAGAGUUCGCAGCAGAAAACCCGCGAAACGUUGGAGGUCGCCCAUCGAUGGGAAAGCAAUGACCUCCUCUACCCUACAGCACUCAUCGGAUCCGAGUUCAAGAAGAAAGAAUACUACGGCGCUUGUCUGGACGAUGACGAUUUGGGCGAAGUCGCCGGCGGAGACCUCCUGAUACCAUUGGAUCAUUCAUUGCCUCCGUCGCGCAAUGCAACUCUCGCGAGGCUGUACCAUUCAGCGAAUCACAUCCUCAACGCCGAGUCGCCAGACAAGGCCCAGAGCCCGAGUAUCCUCGGCAACGGAGAUGGAGAUCUCGACGAAGCAUCUCAGCGAUACGGGGUAAGUAGGUACCUGGCCAAUCACGAAGCAAUCUUACAGAACGUAUCGGGAGCCGAGGUACCAGUGGACUGGGAGUUUGAAGAGAUAACUCUGGAACGAGGAAGUGCUGGUCUAGGGUUCAGCAUCGCGGGAGGUACUGACAAUCCUCACGUGGGCGACGAUCCAUCGAUUUACAUUACCAAGAUCAUUGUCGGAGGAGCAGCUGCAGCCGAUGGAAGACUACAGGUGAACGACAUCAUUCUCAGAGUGAACGACGUCGACUUUGUAGAUGUACCUCAUAGGAUCGCCGUCGACGCGCUGAAAAGAGCCGGUAACUCAGUCCACCUGCUGGUCAAGCGAGCGACCAAAGAGCCGCCCGGAGUAGUUGAAAUCGAGUUGCAGAAGGGAACCCGAGGCCUCGGCUUCAGUAUCGCCGGGGGAAUAGGCAACCAGCAUAUCUCGGGAGACAACGGCAUAUAUGUCACUAAGAUCAGUGAGAACGGGGCAGCGUACCACGACAGGAGAUUACAGGUGGGCGAUAAGCUUAUUGCGGUGGACUCAGUGAAUCUCGAGACAGUAUCGCACGAAGAUGCUGUGGCCACGCUAAAAGCCACUGGUGAACACGUGUUGCUCACGGUUGCCAAAACAUCUCAUCAUCUCCCUCCACCCCCACCUGUGCCUCAAGAUGUGAGAGCGAACAUUGCCGCCGGCGUAAUCGACGAUUUGAGUGACACCAACAUCUCAUCUACCUCCAAAGCAGCCAGCGACGAUCAGCCACAAGGAGACGACCGCGAGAAAACGUGAAACGAAAUGGGUCGCAACAGAAGCGCCACAGAGGACAUGAAUGGCAACAAGAAGAGAUCACGCUCAAAAUCUCGUGAGAGGAAUUCGAACACGGGCAGAGAAACUCGGAAAGUCGUUCUGAGCAAAGGAGCCAGUGGACUCGGCUUCAACAUCGUUGGUGGAGAAGACGGUGAAGGGAUUUUCAUCUCAUUCAUCCUCGCGGGAGGAGCUGCCGAUCUGAGUGGUCAGCUCCGAAGAGGAGAUCAGAUUCUCGCCGUGAACAACAUCGACCUUCGACAAGCAACUCAUGAACAAGCAGCGCAGGCGCUCAAAGGGGCGGGUCACACCGUGACCAUGACAGUUCAGUUCAGACCUGACGAGUACAAUCGGUUCGAGGCAAAGAUUAACGAGCUACGAGAGCAGAUGCUGAAUAAUUCGGGCGCAGGGAGCAUCAGGACCUCUCAGAAGAGGUCGCUGUACGUCAAAGCACUUUUCGAUUACGAGCCGCAGAGAGACAGUGGACUUCCAUCUAGAGGCCUAUCAUUUCGUUUUGGAGACAUCCUUCACGUGACGAAUGCAAGCGAUGACGAGUGGUGGCAGGCGCGAAGAGUCCUCCCUCCUGGAGUCGAGGACGUCGUGGGAAUCGUUCCGUCGAAACGUCGAGUGGAACGUCGGGAAAGGGCCCGUCUCAAGACAGUCAAAUUCCAGGGAGGAGGACUCGGUCACUACUCCGGAGGGUCGGGAGGAACGUUGGACAGAAAGAAAAAGAACUUUUCAUUCAGCCGCAAGUUCCCCUUCAUGAAGAGCCGGGAUGGCGGUGACCUCGACUUCGACGGUAGCCACGAUGGCAGCAACCAGGACAACACCACUGCAAUUUCAUCUGACAGUGAAGCUUCGUCGGUCGGCUGUCGAGAACGCGGUGAAGUUGAGACCGUGCUCAGUUACGAAGCUGUUGAAGAAACUCCCGUCAACUACGUCCGGCCUGUCGUCAUCCUGGGUCCUCUCAAGGAUAGAAUAAAUGAUGACCUCAUCUCCGAAUACCCGAACCUUUUCGCGUCGUGUGUACCUCAUACCACCCGGCCGCAGCGAGAUUAUGAAGUUAACGGUCGAGAUUAUCACUUCGUGGCCUCACGAGAGCAGAUGGAGCGGGAAAUUCAACAGCAUAACUUCAUUGAGGCGGGACAAUACAACGACAACUUGUACGGAACGUCAGUCGCCGCUGUGCGUUUAGUCGCAGAGCAGCAGCGGAAGCACUGUAUCCUAGAUGUUUCGGCGAACGCCAUCAAAAGGCUGCAGGUAGCGGGGCUCGAACCAAUUGCAAUUCUCAUCAAGCCGAAAAGUGUCGAGAGCAUCCUCGAGAUGAACCGACGCAUAAGCGAAGAGCAGGCAGCGAAGCUAUAUGAACGGGCCCUCAAGAUUGAACAGGAAUUUAGUGAUGUCCUGACGGCCAACGUGACCGGCGACUCUGCUGAGGAAAUCUACGAGAAGUGCAGAAUCCUCAUAGAGCUCCACUCGGGUAACAAUGCCUGGAUCCCCGCUCCGCAUAAGCUAUAGUGCUGUCCGUGAGCACCACCCUUCCCAUCCAAGUCAUUUAGACGUCACUCUAAGAAAAAGACAUCGCCAGUAGCAGCAUCCACAGCCGCCGAAAGCGCGAAAUAACGAAAAGGAAAAACAUUCGACGACGAAGAGAGCAACAACGGACAAUUCAGGUGGAAGAUCCCGAAUUCUAGAUGAGGGAUGUUUCACUCUUGAUACGGUCCCCGUCUGGGAUCCUCGAGGCCCGCCAAAUCUACUGCCAAUAGAUCUUGUAAACAACACUGCGAAUUGAGCGGAAGAAAUAUGCAUACAUUAGGAGAGAGUUCCCCCUGCUAUUGAAAAAAAUAGAACGAACAUUGUUUUUCGCUACUUUCCGUGAUCAGGAAACGAAAGGCCCUCUCAUGAACAACAAACCUCGAGAGCUUCAAGAGAGCUGUACACUAACUAAUUAUUAUUCUCUGCAAAAGUGAGGUCCACUCGAGGGAAACAAUCUAGUGUAAAAAUUGACUCGUAUUAUAAAUCACGAUCGAGGAGCACUGUCGGGGGAACAUUUCUAGUGCGAAUCACGCACCUCACCUGAUAUCGGCCGAAAUUGUGCGUGACUGAGUACGGUAUCCUUAUAAUUCAUUGUUGUAUCCGAAUGGGAGAUCAACUACCCUGCGGAGCAUACUAGUCAGUGGGCCCGGAGGAUCCGACGGAGGUUUUCUCGGACAAAAUUCGGAACUCAGAGUUUCCCUGAGAAUGAAUUGAAUUCGGACGGAGUCAUACAAUUGUCUUGAACCGGGUCUGAUUAUUAAUUUCGGAUCAUCGGAUGUUAUGUAGUGAGUAGUAGCAAUUGUGUCGUCA